AUGGCAUAUAAAGUCGUGACUAUCGUGAUUGAAGAAGGAGGCGUACGUGACUGCUUAAGCAGACCAAGUUCAAGAAACCGAAAGCGAAACAGAGAAAGAGGGGAUUCUCAAUCUAGCAGUAGGACUAAACAAGAUUUUCCAAAAGAAUGUUUGGAAGAAAACAAGGAUUCUAAAGCAGAAUCUGUAGUGUUUUAUGGAUCAACUAAAAGAAAAGUUGAUGAAGUUAAGAAAGUUGAUGGAUUAUUGUUGGAUGAGCUUGAAGAGGAAAAAGAUCCUAUAAAUGGAUCUGAAGGGUUUUGUAGAACAAUUAAAAGAGAAGUUGAUGAAUUAGUUAAGAAAGUUAAUGAAUCAUUCUUAGAAGAUGAGCUUGAAGAUGAAAAUGAAAUCAAUGAUAUUGAUGUCAUAAAUAUUUCUAGUGAGUCAUCUAAUGACUCAGAUUCAGAUUAUGUGUAUGUGUCUGAAGAAGAACAAGAAGAGGCUGACAAGGAUCUUCCAAAAUCACACACACAUUAUCACGCGAGUACAAGUAAUACGAAAGCACGCCCGUAUCAGUCUAUUGAAGAUGAUCCAUCAAGUUCAAGUGAUAAUGAGAGCGAUGAUGAUUCUCUACCAAACAACACUUUGAAGCAGCCAGCAGAGAAGCACUCUCCAAUGGAUAUAAGCCCAAUAUAUAUCUUAAUUGAUACUGAUGAGUCUGAAAGGGCAGGAAGUGACUCUGAAGAAUCUCAUGUUUCAUUGAAAGAGAAUGAUGGCUUAAAGGAAACUGAUAAUAUUGAAUGCACGGAUAUCUCAACGAAAAGUAAAGGUUAUAGUUCAGCAAACUCCUUUAAAACCCGCAUGCAUGCAAACAUUAUUUGCUUAUCAGAUGACUCGGAUUCAGAGAAUACCAUUGUUCUAGAAGAACAAGAAGAUGCUGAUGAAGCUCUUCAAAAAUGCUUCAAAUAUGGCAAACAUAAAAUACGGUCUGGAUUAGCUGAGAGAAAGAAGAAGAAUCGUUCAAGCACAAAAGGUGUUAAUUAUUACUAUGAUGAUGAUGAUGAAGACCCACUCACUUCUAUUGGACGUGAGAGAAAUAAGAACCAGUCCACAACUAAGAACCAACUUCCAAAGGAAACCAAGAGGGAGAAAAAUUCGAAUUGUUCAGCGCAAAAAGCAAACAUGAAGAAAAUGUAUGAAAAACCAAUGAGUAAAUCAAGUGGCUCUAUAGAUGAUAUUUUGGAUUCAGUUAUUAAAAAUAAAGCUGGUCUUGGAGAAAAUGGCGGCGAUUGCCUUCCUUUAAAAUUCAGAUUUGAAGAUAGUGAGGAUGAGUCUAUGAGCCAAAAGACUGAUGAGUUCAAUGCAGAAGGCCUAUUUGAAGAGAUGGAUUUUGUGCUCGACUGUGAAGAAAUUGGUUCCUAUAGAACUCCCAUGGUAAAUAAUCAAGAGAAAGCUGACCACAAUGACACUGUUAACCUUUGUGAAAGAGGGGAGCACAGUGACAUUUACCUUGAAGAGCAAACGGGCUUGAGGUGUCGUUUAUGUGGUGCUGUCCUUCUUGAGAGCAGAUACGUGAUAUCGAAGCUAGCAAACUAUGCACCAGAUAGAUCACAAAGAAGUUAUCAUUAUGAUGAACAACAGUGGUCUAGUUUUGGAAAUCCAUAUCUUGAAGCUUCAGACUGUCCUGACAUCAUGUGUAAUGAAACCCAAGGAACAGUGUGGGAACUUAUUCCUACUAGUAUCAGCUCUCAGUUAUAUCCCCACCAACAAGAAGGGUUCAAAUUUUUGUGGGAAAAUUUAGCAGGAACUAUAGAGCUUUCAGGACUAGAAAAACUUGGUCCACGUGGAGGUGGUGGUGGUGGCGGUGGCUGCAUCAUCUCACAUGCUCCAGGCACUGGGAAAACCCUCUUAACAAUCGUAUUUAUUGAGACAUUCCUUAAAAGAUUUCCCAGAUGUUGUCCGGUAAUAGUUGCUCCAGCAAGCAUGCUACUAACAUGGGAAGCUGAAUUUGAGAAAUGGCAAGUUGGCUUUUCCUUUAUUAACCUCAACUGUUCUGACCUGAGAAAAGGCAGGACCAAUGGUAGUUCCCGACAUAAUAAAGAUUUUAUCCGUGCUCUGAAGAUAAGUUCUUGGAGUAAUGGAGGUAGCAUUCUUGGUAUAAGCUACAAUUUGUAUACAAAACUAGCUGGGAUUUCGAACACCAAGAACAAAAGUCUUGAAAAAAUGAGGAACGUUUUGUUGGAUAUGCCGGGCUUAGUAAUUCUUGAUGAAGGACACACACCUCGUAAUCAGGAAAGCAACAUUUGGAAUACACUUUUGAAGCUUAAAACCAAAAAUCGUGUGAUUUUGUCAGGAACCCCUUUUCAAAACAACUUUCGGGAGUUAUUCAAUACCCUACGUUUAGUAAGGCCAGAAACAGCAACUAAUAUUAUGAAUGAAAAGAUUUUUGCAGAUAUGAUUCAACAAAACACGAAGAGAUCUAGAAGUAGAUCAACUUAUGAAGAUGUGGAGAAGCUCAAAAAGAUAAUUUCACCGUUUGUUCAUGUCCAUAAAGGACAUAUUCUUGAAAGCAAGCUUCCAGGUUUAAAACAAGCUGUCAUUCUUCUAGAUCCACCUGCAAUUCAAAAGAGUUUUAUUGAAAAUUUGGGAAAUAUGACAACUACUUUUGAGUAUGAAUACAAAGUAGCGUUGGUCUCUGUACACCCUUCUUUGAUCCUGCAUUGUUCAUUAUCCGAGAAAGAAGAGAAGUCAGUGAACCAACAAGAACUUGAAAAGAUGAGACUUCAACCCGAUUGUGGUGUGAAGACCAGAUUUGUUCUGGAGCUUAUUCGCCUAAGUGUAUCCUUACAUGAAAAGGUUUUGAUCUUUAGUCAAUAUGUCAGGCCGUUUAAGUUGUUACAGGACCAAGUUGCUCGGGCUUUUGGUUGGAAUGUUGGGACGGAGAUUAUGGUCAUUGGAGGAAAGACAAAUCAGAUGCACAGGCAAAAGAUUAUUAAUGAUUUCAAUGAUCCAAACGGUAAAGUGAAAGUGUUGUUGGCAUCUACAAGAUGUUGUUCUGAAGGCAUUCAUCUUUAUGGUGCUUCUCGUGUUGUUCUUUUGGAUGUAGUUUGGAACCCCUCUGUCGAAAGACAAGCAAUCAGCAGAGCAUAUCGACUUGGCCAAAAGAAGGUGGUGUACACAUACCAUUUGAUGGCGGCUGGUACUACUGAAGAGGAGAAGUAUGAUCGGCAGGUUGAAAAAGCACGCUUGGCUGAGAUGGUCUUUUCCUCGGGUUCCAUGGCUAGGGCGGAAGUGAGUAAAAAGGUGAUGGAUGAUCACAUCUUGCAGCAUAUGGUAGACCAUCAUGAAUUAAAACAUAUGUUCAAGAAGAUCAAGUACCCCGAAAAUGAAACAAGAGUUUCAUAG